GACAAGUGUGAAAGUAUCUGUGGAUGCAAUGAAUUUCACUGUAACCAACAAGUGCAUGAGCCGUAUUUAGAUGUUAGACUUGUUAAACAAAAUUUUGCAUCUUAGAGGGUAGAAUUUUGUCGCUUUUGUUGAGAGUAUCUUACUUCCCACCUCACCUGGAUAGUGCCUCUUCAGAUGAUUUUUUAGCCAUUGAGAAACUUCUAAUUCUUAAAAGUUUCUUCUGCAUGGAGAUUCCAAAGAAGUUGGCCCUUCUUGAUGUUGUAUUCCUGAGAUUCUCUUUUUGGGUCCAUUAGCAAAGGCUUUGCCCUGUAGUACCUCAUAACGUGUCACUAAUAAAAGGGGCACUGGCUGCACAGUUCUUUCAUAAGCUAUUUCAGAAAAUUAUAACAAAGGCUUCCUGAACAGAUUGACUUUGAAUUCACAGAAAGUGAGAAAAAUAAAACUGUAUUCUCAUCCCGAGGAGCAUGGUAGAUCUCUCUAACUAGUUUUCUUCUUGGAGAUGUGAAAGAAGAUAGAACACUAGACAGUCUUUCCUGUAGUAAAGGGGAGCCAUGAAUGCACUAGCAGCCACCAACAGGAACUUUAAGCUGGCCUCUAGGCUUCUGGGAUUGGAUUCAAAGCUUGAGAAAAGUUUACUGAUUCCAUUCAGGGAAAUCAAGGUUGAAUGUACCAUACCUAAAGAUGAUGGCACAUUGCAAUCUUAUGUCGGGUUCAGGGUUCAACAUGAUAAUGCCAGAGGCCCCAUGAAAGGAGGAAUCAGAUACCAUCCUGAGGUUGACCCUGAUGAAGUGAAUGCUUUAGCACAACUAAUGACAUGGAAAACAGCUGUGGCAAAUAUACCAUAUGGUGGUGCCAAAGGAGGGAUAGGGUGUGAUCCAGCAGAAUUAAGUAUAUCUGAGUUAGAAAGACUAACCAGAGUUUUUACCCAGAAAAUUCACGAUCUGAUUGGGACUCACACAGAUGUGCCAGCACCUGACAUGGGAACAGGACCACAGACUAUGGCAUGGAUACUAGAUGAGUACUCCAAAUUUCAUGGUUAUUCUCCUGCAGUAGUGACUGGAAAACCUAUAGAUCUUGGUGGAUCUCUAGGUAGAGAAGCGGCUACAGGACGAGGUGUUCUCUUUGCAACAGAGGCUUUGCUUAAUGAGCAUGGAAAGGGUGUAUCAGGACAACGGUUUGUCAUACAGGGUUUUGGAAAUGUAGGGUCAUGGGCUGCACAAUUAAUCAGUGAGAAAGGUGGGAAAGUUGUUGCUGUGAGUGACAUAUCUGGAGCCAUAAAGAACAGCAAAGGUCUUGACAUCCCAAGCCUACUCGAGCAUUCCAAAAUACACAAGGGUGUAAAAGGAUUCCAUGGUGCUGAUCCAAUUUCCCCGAACUCAAUAUUGGUUGAAGAUUGUGAUGUUCUAGUUCCAGCAGCUCUCGGAGGUGUCAUCAAUAGGGAAAAUGCAAAUCAGAUCAAGGCCAAAUUCAUUGUGGAAGCAGCUAAUCACCCUACUGACCCAGAGGCUGAUGAGAUUCUUAAGAAAAAAGGUGUUGUCAUCCUCCCAGACAUAUAUGCAAAUUCAGGAGGUGUUACAGUUAGCUACUUUGAGUGGGUUCAGAACAUCCAAGGAUUCAUGUGGAAUGAGGAAAAAGUGAACAAUGAGCUAGGGAACUACAUGACCAAAGGUUUCAAAGACGUGAAGGAAAUGUGCAAAACCCAUGAUUGUGAUCUUCGUAUGGGAGCCUUCACCCUGGCAGUUAAUCGUGUGGCACGUGCCACUGUCCUUAGGGGUUGGGAAGCUUGACACCUAUUGCUGCUGCAUGCAUGCUUUCAAUAAAAGAGCUCCAUUCUCAGCAACACUUCACAAAGUUUUUAAUGCUUUCAUGUGUUGGGUGAAUUGUAUUUUCACCCCCAAUUCUUCUUUGAUCCGCAUUAUAUCUCAUUUAUCAAAAGGGGAGCACUCCAUGUUCUAUUCUUAUUAAUAUUCCAAUUGCUGUUCUUGCACUAAAUACUUCUUUUUAUAAGCAAAAGAAAGUAUAGCAUGAGUCUCUAGUUUUGACCAAA